UAUCUGGAGCUAACCCUAACUACGGAAUGCUUGCAAAAAGACCAGCAGACAGGCACAGGCAUGUUCAAGCUCGAUGGGAACUACUUCGGAGAUACUAAGUGCCCAAAUAAUAGCGAGGAGAAGCCAUGUACCAUUUUGAAUUGUCUUUUUAGCCACAGAAUUGAUGACUUGAAGAGGCCACUAGAUGGCGAUCCAGAACUUCCAGCCCCAAAAAGGGCAGAGACGGAAGCCAAAGGUUCAAUUUUGCAAGAACAACGAGACGAGGAGGGCUACCGUCUUGUACCCAAACCAAUUACUCAUCUUGACAUUCCCUUUGAAAUCAGACAUGCUAACAUCCAGCGUAUUCUCGAGUAUUACGGAGAUGAGGAGCUCAAAAAAUCUGAGCAGGAUGCACUCGAGGAGGAAUUCAGUUUUGCAGACUUGAGCCAGUCAAAGGACGAGUAUAAUUCCAACAUUGAGUUGAUGUUGCUGGGUAAGGAAAUCAAGGUGAUAUCUGACCCAGCAUAUAUUUUACCCAAGGAAGUGAAACCCAAGGCCCCUGCAGGCUUGCCUGAAAGGAAGCGGUUUAUCCAGUUCAUGGUAGACGCCUUCAAAAAGGCGCAACCUAAUGUCAGGACGCCCAUCUUAAAAUCUAUCGAAGAAGAAUAUACCGUUGCAUCAACGACAACACCUGUGACAUAUAACCAAUCAAUAAAGAAAAAAAUCCACCAGAUCGCCAACCCCGAGAAGUAUCAAAGGAAGGAAAAGGUGUUGUCCAACGCUGAUUUGCUCAGCAAACUAAAGGAAUUAGUAAUACCAAAGCCGAAAUUGCAAAAAUUCGGUUAUGUGAUGGAGCCGCCAAAGACAAAGGCUUUGGAGACCAGAAGAAACUGUAGACGAUGCGGUGCUGACUUCACAAAGGAAGAACAGCUCAAUCCAGUUACAUGCCAAUUUCAUGCGGGGAAGAUCAGAAGAAAGGACAAGCGGACUCGAUUUUACGACUGCUGUGGAUCAGAGGUCGGAAGUGAAAACGAGACUUGUUCUGUAGCAUCACAUCAUAUUUUCUAUUGGAACGAUGUGGAAGAAAUGCAUUCUGCAAUCCCCUUCAAAAAAAUAGACCAUUCGUCGAAAACUGCUGUCAAGGCGGUAGGGAUUGAUUGUGAGAUGGGAUACACCACUUUAGGUUUCGAACUACUCAGAAUCACAGCUAUCGACUAUCUUACAGGGGAAGAUGUGUUCGAUAUAUUCGUACAACCCAUAGGAACGGUAGUGGAUUUGAACACAAGAUAUUCUGGUGUUGCCGAAAUCAUUGAAGGAGCUCUCACUUUCGAGGAGCUGAUGCAUUUUGUUCGCCAGUACAUUGACAAGGAUACUGUGCUCAUUGGCCAUGGUUUGGAAAACGAUAUGAAUGCUAUGCGGCUAAUUCAUGAACAAAUAGUGGACACAGCCAUCUUGUACCCCAAAUUCAAGGCAUCGCCAACUUUCCGGUUCAGCUUGAAAGAUUUGGCAUUCAGCUACUUGAGCAGAAAUAUUCAGACAGGAGAGCAUGACAGCAGAGAGGAUUCUAUUGCGGCCAUUGAUAUAGUCAAGUACUUUAUCAACUUGGAUGCAAAACGAGAUAGUUAGUUGGUGGGAACAUUUAUGCAUUUCCGCUGAAUAGGUUAUGCUCAUUACAUAGUAAAUGAACAACAAGGGUACAGUAGAACUGGAAUAAAUCAUUUUGUUGCCAUUCCAACCACUCAUCAAUAGCAAGAAGCUUUUUAUUUUCUUAUAUCUUUAAGAAUCUUUAACAUAACCACUAAAUAAUAUACU